ACUUUGUGCCUGCUGUGGAAAUAGGAGCUAAUUAUAUGAUCCCCUGCAAAAUGUAAUUGUGAAAAUGAUCUGUCGUCCCUCCAAUUAUUUUUCAAAUAUAAAGAAGAAGCAGCAAGAUGUGGUUAGAUUUCUGGAAGCCAACAAGAUAGAGUUUGAGGAGGUGGAUAUCACAAUGUCAGAAGAACAGAGGCAAUGGAUGUACAAAAAUAUCCCCCCAGAAAAGAAGCCUGCUCAGGGCAACCCUCUGCCACCUCAGAUAUUUAAUGGUGACCGAUACUGUGGAGAUUAUGACAGUUUUUUUGAAUCAAAGGAAAGCAACACAGUCUUUUCAUUCUUAGGCCUGAAAUCACGGUUGGCAUCCAAGGCAGAACCUUAGAGAAGACAAGUGGAAGAUGAUGGAGAUGCAUUUUGGAGCGCCCCCUGGUACUCAGCACACACCUGCUUACCUAAUGCAUCACUGUGACAAAAGCCACAUUCAUCAUCAGUAACUUUGCUUGCAUUCGGAAAAGGUGUUUUUGGAAGAUGUGGGUAUAAUGGGAUUGCAUGAUUGCUUUAAACCAAAUCAGAACUGUGGUGGGUUUUUUCUUAUUUUCAGAAUUGCCUGUGGUUGCCUCACUCACCUGGAGGUACUAUACCCUGUUACAGGUGUGUUUCCUUAAUGACUGAAAGAUAAGUAAGUGGUGCCAUCAGAGAGAAAAUGCUGGAUCUGCCCUAGGUUGUAGUUGUUGCCAGUAUUGCUCAAACCUGCUUCUCUUUAAGCUGCCUGGAUUGUGUCCUUAAAGUUAGUCUGCUGGGUUAUUAAAAUCUAUUGAUUUUUUUUUUUCAAAAAGAAAAAAAAUGCUGGUUGAUAAAGGGAUGAAGAUUUUUGCUACAGAAUCACACAGGUCACUAUUCUAGUGCUUUACGAUAACACUACAGAAAAAGUCGGGGGUUCUUUCCUCCUUCUGGUAAUGUAAACUCUUACCCCUUUAAAUCCUCCAAGCUCCUGCAUAUGUUUCCAGAAAUCACUGUUACAACAGUGUGUGUUCAGAACCAACUCGUAGGGAUGGAAAUAAUUGCUAUUUUCAAAAAUAGAUGCUGCUUUAUCUCUUGCAAGGGGAAUGUUUCAUCUAAAUGCAUAAGACUAUUUAAAAGAUAUAUUUUAAGAGGUGCACUAAUUAGAUAGUAAAUUUAUAAGGAAAGUAUCCGACUCAUACCUGAAGGCAUUUUGAGCUCUGGCAACUUACUGUACGUAGGUGCACAUAUCAAUAUAUUUUUGAAUGCAGCUACCCUGACUAACAGCUGCUUACUCUAUUUUGUGAAGGGAUUAUAUUUUUUUUAGAAAGGAAGAUCUUGGUUGGAUAUAUUUUAUGAACCCUUGAUGAGGCAUAUCAAAAGAUACUCAUAUUGCUGCACAAUUUAAUUUUUUCCUGUCUUUCCAUUGGUUUUCUAAUUUUGCUAGUGUAUGUUUCUUGCCAAUGCAUAGUCCCAGAUUUUUCACAGUAGUGUGGACACACAUUCUCACUCCAUGGAUAAGCUCAGUGAGUUUUCAGAGAAGCAUACAUGAGAAAGGGGCUGUUUGAGAUAAAUCCGAAUUAUACUUGGCAUACAAAACCUUUCCUCCCUUUGGAGUGGAUACUUAUAAACACUGGACAUGUCCAUUGUAUUAGGGCAGAGCCUACGUUUUUUGCAUCCUUGUCCCUGUUUACAUUUUCUACAGUUUUUAGUUGCCAAACAUGGGAACAGUCUUGAUUAACUAGGAUCAACUAUCGGAGGAUUGCCUAAAGUGUUCUGCUAUUCUCAGCAUCGUGAUGCCAGACCUGCCAUUUAGAUUCUGAGCAGCAAGUUUAUGAGAAGUUAAAAGAACAGAAGUAUUAAAGCCCUGUCUCCUGUGUCCUCUCACCCCCCAACUUGCUAAAUGUGGACUUGUUAAAAGCUAAAGCCGAAAUCCCAGCCUGAGACUUGCAGCCCAGGGCUACAACCAGAAGCAAAGCUUGCCACAGACUUCUACUUGGCUAGAAUAGAUACAUGAUCAGCAGUUUUUUGUGUAAGGAAAGCUGUUGUGAAAUCAUGGGUAUUCCUGCUUCAUUGGCAUUAAAUAAGAUCCAGGUCAAAUUCCAUUUGCUAAAUCCCAGGGACUAUCCAAGAAUUUUUUUUAAACUGCGUAAUGUGUCUGAGUAAAUGAGUCUUCUGAUAAGACAGAAUUUCUUUUUAGGCUCCAGCAAUUAAAUUUUUUUAAUGUUACAUUAGGGAUCUAAUUUAUGUUGUCUAACUCUUGCCAGUGAGCACCAAGAACCAACUUGUGAAGAUUGAGGGUUUGUAAGUUAAAUUCUGGGGUCAUAGGAUCAAUACAAUACUUGCUAAACAAAGAUUUUUCUUCAAACUUUUGAAUGACUGUGGCUAUGGUAGGCCCAGUAUGAUUCUCCUAAACAGACUAGAUGAAUAGUAGUGCUAAAUCACUACAACAGUUACACACCAUCUACCCCUCACCCCACUUUUGUUUUUUAAAUCAGCAAAGAAAUAGGAGGUCAGCAUCGUCCGGGCCGUACUUGCUCUGAGUGAGCUGGAAGCACACCCAGGCUCUGCAGGCUUCUGAGGGGUUGCUCUCUGGGACCACACUGUCGUGAGAGAAUAUUGUGUCCUUCCUGGUACCGUUGUACCAGCUACGUAUCAUACAUGUAAUGAUUUUCAUGUCCCCUUCUUUAACUAACUGCCUGUAGAUUUAGGUCAUCACAGUCUUAACAGCUUAGGAAGGAAACUGGAUGAGAAUUGCAGGCAUAGGUGUAAUUUCAAGGGCAUUUCAAGAGAGAAUCUUUAUUUCCUGUAGGACAUGUGUCGGGACAAAGGGCAUGUGCUGCCAGCAGUCAGAGCAUGGCGUUUCAAACUCAGCUGAAAUAGAGUGCCAUCCUGCCAGGUAUAUGCAGACCAGGAGAUUUAGUUGGGGAAAUACUUGUUUAUUCCAAAUUCUGGCUUUCUACUAAAAUCAAAGAGGAGAAAAGGAAGAUUUUUUUCUCAGAAUUUAAUAUAUUUUAGAUUUGUUUCUGUUUUAUAGAUUUAUUCAACAUCCCAUGUAGAUGUUUUUGUAUUACAUGAAUUUAUAAUGAACUAAACCUAUUUUUUCCUCUGUUAUUGAAAGGUACCAAAGUCUCUUUCUGUUUUGUUUGUUUCGGUCUUUUUAAAUUUGAUUUUGCUGUAGAGGGUUUUGCUUUUCCUAGAAAUGGUUUUCAUUUAGCAGUUUUUCUUAAGUGUCAGGGCACACCUUGAUCUACAUAAUUGUUAUUUUUACAUUUCACUUUGUAUGAGAUUGUCCUAAAGGCAUUGGUGAAGUCUCAGAUUUUAUAUUCAUCAUUAAAGAGGAAUAAAUUCCAGAAAACACA